AUGAGCGACCGCGUCAAAAAGCGCAUGUCCACAGCGGGGAUGAAUACACAGCAAGACCCAAAGACCGACGGCCAGCAGCCUGUCGAGACAUCAAAGCAAUCAUAUCUUUCCAGCCCAUCAAUCCCAGAUCACGAUGGGCACAGCGACAGCUCGGAGGGGGAGCGACCACCUUUACCCCCGCGACCAAAUACGUUGAGUCUACUGAACGAUGAAACGGGUUCCCGAGCAGCUCUACAGGCAGAGGCAACGACAGCUAUCUCACGGACCGAUAUUGAAACACAAUUAUCCGAAGCUGAGAGUGCUUACUCGACACUGGCUGUUCGCGGUCUGGGUCAAGGUCCAAAGGCCAGGGUGAGCCUCGGCCAGUUGGCGAGCUCCCGGGCUAGCGAAGCUGGGGACUCUGUUAGUAUCAGAAGCUCAAUCCCAAACGGCGAUUCCGGUGAUGUUGAAUCGCUUUUCUUGGACUUUGCUGCUUCAGCGCCCGGUAACCAAAGUCGGGGAGCUACAGGUCUACUUGACUUCCCUGAAUUUGCAGCGGACGACAUAGAUGACGAUGGAAUUAUGAGCGAAUUUGAAGCAGUUGGCGAGCUUAAUGAGGAAGGUGAUAAUGAAGGUCUGGAUCUCCUGCUCCAACGGUGGAAAUCAAAGCGCAAGCACUAUGUGAUCCUCUCCGCCGCUGGUAAGCCGAUUUGGACAAGGCAUGGCGACAGCGGCCUUAUUUCCGGUUAUGUCGGGGUCAUCCAGACCAUAAUUUCAUUUUAUGAAGAAGCAAGUGAUCAUCUACGAGGCUUCUCCGCUGGUGACACUAGAUUUGUUGUAUUGACACGAGGAUCCUUGCACCUUGUAGCAAUCAGCCGUAUGAUGGAGAGCGAUAACCAGCUCCGGCUUCAGCUGGAAGCAUUAUAUAUGCAGAUUCUGUCUACAUUAACACUGCCUUCUUUGACCCAUCUCUUCUCGGUGCGGCCCUCUACCGAUCUAUCGCGGCCCUUACAGGGUUCGGAGUCACUUCUUUCAUCUCUGGCAGACAGUUUCACGCGAGGAUCUCCAUCGACGUUGCUAUCGGCAUUGGAGUGUCUGAAGAUCCGCAAGCAACACCGACAGACUAUCAACAAUGCACUUCUAAAAACUAAAGCUAACAGUCUUCUAUACGGCUUGCUUGUGGCCGGCGGACGACUCGUCAGCGUUGUUCGACCGAAGAAGCACUCGCUACAUCCAGGCGAUCUACAGCUCUUAUUCAACAUGGUUUUCGAGGCCGACGGAGUUAAAGCUGGCGGUGGAGAAAGUUGGAUUCCCGUCUGUUUGCCUGGCUUCAACAGCAGUGGCUACCUCUACAUGUAUGUGAGCUUUCUUGACAUUCGAGAAGAGAUCGAAAACAGCGCAGAGAUCACCAAAGAUGAGUCUGUUGCCAUUGUCCUUAUCAGUCCCGACAAAGAAGCUUUCUUUGAGAUGCAAGCAAUGCGCGAUGCUCUUGUGGAGCAAAUGGAGAGAAACGGCACUCUGAAGGAGAUCAAAACAGCAAUUGACAAUGGCCGACCCGCAACUACUGAUAUAGUUCCUGGAACUGUACUCCAUCAUUUCCUUUACAAAUCGCGUGCCAACGUACAAUUCACGAUGUCAUCUUAUACCCCUGAAUUUUCUUCUGUUACACGACGACGGAGGUUGAUGUCGAUGUAUAACAACUUGCACGCAAGUAUCCACGCCAAGAAUACCCACGUCAAAGUUCACCAUUGCGUUUCGCGGUCAGCCACUUCGUUUGGAUGGGUAACCCCUGUAUUCGAAUUCUAUUGUAUCGCUGAGCCGAACACUAAUCGAAAUGCACUUGCCCAAAGCGCUAGUAGGAUUGCCCAGUGGGUACAGCGUGAGGAAGAGAGGUUAUUCAUCAUCGGUGGUGCGGUACGUACUUUGCCUCUCUCUCUCUAUGAUUAUUACCGCAAGGGUGAGGACACUGAUCACAUUGUACAGGUUUUUUGA